AUGGCGAUGACUGCAGGGACUACAACAUCCUUUCCCAUGAGUAACCACACCCGGGAGAGAGUGACAGUGGCCAAGCUUACGCUGGAGAACUUCUACAGCAACCUAAUCAUACAGCACGAAGAGAGAGAAACCAGGCAGAAAAAGCUAGAAGUGGCUAUGGAAGAGGAAGGCCUCGCAGACGAGGAGAAAAAACUGCGCAGGUCACAACAUGCUCGCAAGGAAACAGAGUUUCUGCGACUGAAGAGGACUAGGCUUGGCUUGGAUGACUUUGAAUCUUUGAAAGUUAUAGGAAGAGGAGCAUUUGGAGAGGUACGUCUUGUUCAGAAGAAGGAUACAGGUCAUAUUUAUGCAAUGAAGAUACUAAGAAAAGCAGAUAUGCUGGAGAAAGAGCAGGUGGCCCAUAUCCGAGCAGAAAGAGAUAUUUUGGUUGAAGCAGAUGGAGCCUGGGUAGUGAAAAUGUUUUACAGCUUUCAGGAUAAAAGAAAUCUUUACCUCAUCAUGGAAUUCUUACCGGGAGGUGACAUGAUGACCUUACUAAUGAAGAAAGACACCUUAUCAGAAGAGGAGACACAAUUUUACAUUUCUGAAACUGUGCUGGCCAUAGAUGCUAUUCACCAGCUGGGAUUCAUCCACAGAGAUAUUAAACCAGAUAACCUUCUGCUGGAUGCUAAGGGUCAUGUAAAACUGUCUGAUUUUGGGCUAUGCACAGGUUUAAAGAAAGCUCACAGAACAGAGUUCUACAGGAACCUAACACACAACCCACCAAGUGACUUCUCAUUUCAGAAUAUGAAUUCAAAGAGAAAAGCAGAAACAUGGAAGAAGAACAGGCGACAGCUGGCAUAUUCUACUGUUGGAACCCCAGAUUAUAUUGCACCAGAAGUAUUUAUGCAGACUGGGUACAACAAGCUGUGUGACUGGUGGUCCUUAGGAGUGAUUAUGUAUGAAAUGCUAAUAGGGUAUCCACCUUUCUGCUCAGAAACACCACAAGAAACUUAUAGGAAAGUUAUGAACUGGAAAGAAACGUUGGUAUUUCCUCCAGAGGUGCCCAUUUCAGAGAAAGCGAAGGACUUGAUUCUAAGGUUUUGUAUUGACUCAGAAAAUAGAAUUGGUAGUAAUGGAGUAGAGGAAAUCAAAAGUCAUCCGUUUUUUGAAGGAGUGGACUGGGGACAUAUCAGGGAAAGACCAGCUGCAAUCCCCAUAGAAAUCAAAAGUAUUGAUGAUACUUCUAACUUUGAUGAAUUUCCUGAAUCUGAUAUUUUACAGCCAGUGCCAAACACAACGGAACCUGACUACAAAUCCAAAGACUGGGUUUUCCUCAAUUAUACCUACAAGAGGUUUGAAGGGCUCACACAGCGUGGCUCGAUCCCUUCCUACAUGAAAGCUGGGAAGUUGUGA